AUGGCGGCGGCAGUGCAGGCUCAGCAGUCGUUGGGGUCCGGGAAGCUGGACGUCCUCACAUCCUACAGAAUCGACGCUGACGGCAUCGCGACUUCUUCUACCGGCGACCAAAUCCCACGCAGCUUCCGCUUCCGCUCUCUUCGCAGCCAGGUCUUUCCUCAACACUCCCGACGGAAACCUGCAUCGUCGGGGAAUGUCUUACCGACCAUGCUGCCAAUUCCUUCUUCCAACACCACAACACCUUCCGUCUGCACAUCAACAACUCCACCACAAUCCACCUGCUCGCCACGUUCUUCACCUCCGCGUCCGACCAUCGAAAUCAGCAGAUCCAAUGGCUGUACACUUCUCACCACUGCAGAAUUGAAGCAGAAAAUUCAUCAAUCGAAGACCAACGACGACACCACCCUCACGCAAAUUCCCGCGGACAAGCGAGUGCCAUUACCACCCACUCCUACCUCGCCUUUCUUCAUCAUGGGCAACAAGCCGUCCAGCGAAUCCGAACCACCAAUCCCAGACGACAGGUCGCAGCGCAGUGUUGUUCGCACCAACAAGCCCGUAUCGCGCAAAGGCUCCUACAACGUCUUCAAGCGAGUCGACAGCAGGAGUCCGUUGCCGCGCGAUGUCACCGCCAGCGUCAUGUCGAUCUUGCAUCGCGAUGGGCAGAAGAGAGACGAAGACUUUCCCGACGAUGACGGUGCUGCGAUCGCAUCAAACCAACCCACCUAUGCCGUUCCUGAGAGGAGCGAUAGUCGCUAUCCGCCCACCAUGUCGAGACCAAAGCUACGCUCUCACUCCACAACCACCAUGACCGAGGACAAGGCUAGUCAGCCGCUGAGUGCAUCGACCACCAUUCGCGACUUCCGAGCGUUGGACGGAAAGCAGGCUGACGGCGCUCAAUUGGACGGCGCGGACGAUGACGACUCGGCAGAAGAGAUGGCACGUCUGCACAGCACAAGCCUCUCACCUACCAUCCCGGCUCCUUCACCUCUCCCCGAGGACAGUCCACACAAGUAUGGACUGCGAGACAAAAUGGAUACGCCGGAGUUGCCUGAGCCAGUCAAAGAAAUCAGUCUGCCAAAGGCACGGCGCAAAAGCAGUGGGCUGGAGAUCUUCAAUGAAGCAAAGACUCUCCAGUCGGCAGCAUCAUUCCUCAAUGGGCUCAGCACAUCGCGGCGCCGCGCAGAGUCGGCAGCUGCCGAUACGACCGAUACAGCCAACUCGGGUUGGACUCUCGGUCAUCCGUCAAGACCCUCGUCAGCGCGACCAUCUUCGGCUCCUCGUUCGGGCCAGCAUCGCGAUGGAGAAGGUCGUCGAAAAGGUCACAACUUCAAGUCGUCUGGAUUCGCGUACACCCGGCCUCUCUCCCUGACGCAAAUCAAAUGUUUCCGCGGGCAUUCUCGAUUGCUCCCGAGCAGGAACAAGCAUGCGCCGGUCGAAUGCGCCGUAUGCCAUAUCGAUGAUGACGGAGAUCACUUCAGCUGUAGCUGGUGUGCCAUCCGAAUGUGCAAGUACUGCCGCAAAGACUUUGCGCAGCGUGGAAUGACGGCUCUGCGGGAGCGGAUCAAGACGGCGGAAAUGGGCGGCGUAGACUCCGGUCGCGCUUCAGAUGAGAGUCUGGCAUAUGAAUAUGAGCUGGCAAGCAAAGGCUGCUUUGAGUGA